AACAUCUAGUUUCGUAGCUCUAUGCCAAAAAAGUAGAAGUGUAGAGAGUCCGUCGUGAAACGAACGUGUUUUUUUUUGGCUGGACGUCGUUGCACCACAUAAAUACAUCGAUACAGUGUGUACGGUUGUGAGCGUGUUUAUCGUCUAUAUACACAUAGCUGGAGAUCGUCGUCGUCGUCGUAUGGGACGAAAAGGAUAACGUGCAAAGGAUAUCGCAGCAGCAGUUUUAGUUAUGUUACAGCUUCGGAACAGUGAGCAGUGCUUCCGUUGAUUGAGUGUGCGAGCUACAUCGGCUGUAAUAAAACAAGAAUACAAAAAUAAUAGCAACGAACUUGAGGUUAUCAGUGACUGUCCGACUUGGCUAGAGUGAUAGUGAAUGAAGUCUCAUUUGGAGUAGCAGCAGCAGCAGCAGUGCCAUCGUGAAACGUGUUUUUUUCAAAACCUAGCAGAGAUGUCUCUCAACUCGUCCGCAUCGACUUCGUCGUCCUGCAGUGAUAUCAGCAUCGAAGAGUUGAAAGCAAGAUCACCAGAUUUCCCCCCAGAGCUUCUGGCCGUCAUCAAGCAGGAGCCCCGCUCGGCGGUAUCGCCGAUCCUAACCCCGCCACACACUCCCACCGAAGAGAGCAGUAUUAACACAACGCCGGCCGUGAUCACAUCGCGUCACCAGUACCAGUACGAGAUGGAACAGGCAAACCGGUCUCCACCGGCGGCUCAGCACAUGCCACCACAGCAUGCUCCCCACCACCAGGAGGGCUUCUUCCCCCAGCAGCAGCAGCAGCCUCAGUCAGCAGCCCCAGCCGUCGCUUCGAUGGAGGCCUUCCUCUACCAUCAACAACAACAACAGCAGCAACAACAACACCACAACCACCAUAGCCAGCAGCAGGUUCAGCAGCAGCAGCACCGCCUCUGGCUCCAAACCCAGGCAGCGGCCGCAGCUCAGCAACACCUCCAGCAAACCGGUUAUCCGCUGCCGGCUUACGGCCAACUCCCCGCCGUUGCCGCCCACCACCCCCACGCCCUCAUGCAGCAGUGGAUCCGCAACGCCGCCAUCCACCGACUCCACUUCCAGCACCAGGGAGCUUACCCGACGGAACUUGCCGCCCGACUCCCAGGCCUCGGUCGCCCUGGCCCAAUCAAACCCACCGGUCACGGCAGCUCCCGCCCAAAGAAGCAGUUCAUCUGCAAGUACUGCAACCGGCACUUCACCAAGUCCUACAACCUGCUCAUCCACGAGCGCACCCACACCGACGAGCGGCCCUACUCGUGUGACAUCUGCGGCAAGUCGUUCCGCCGGCAGGACCAUCUCCGCGACCACCGUUACAUCCACUCCAAAGAGAAGCCCUUCAAGUGUUCCGACUGCGGCAAGGGAUUCUGCCAGUCGCGCACCCUGGCCGUUCACAAGAUCACCCACCUCGAGGAAGCGCCCCACAAGUGCAACAUCUGCAACCGGACCUUCAACCAGCGCGCCAACCUCAAAACCCACAUGCAAAGCCACGCCAUCUCCGAGGUCACCCCCAACGGCCCCGUUCUGGACCUCUCGCAAAAAUCAAGCCCCUCCACCCCGGAAAAGGACAUCAUCGUCGACGAGGACUUUGACGACGAAGAGGACGAGGACGAUCUGCAGCAGCAGCAUCACCAUCAUCUGGGACAGCACCACCACCACCACCACAACCUGCACCCCCAGAGCUACGGCACCGAACCGUCCACCCUGCCCGCCAAAAAGUCCCUCGGAUUCUCCAUCGAUGAGAUCAUGAAGCGGUAAUUUGACACCCGUCCGUCACCGCCCUCAACACGAGAUGUUCCUUAGUCAGUCGGAGAGAAAUUAGUUGAGUCUAAUUUUGUUGAUUUUGUAUUCGUUUUUCUUUAUUACAAAGAUUUUAUUAAUCGGUAUUGUUAACGCAAAACAAGAGAGAGAGAGAAGCGAAAGGGAGAGAGGUAGGCCCCACCAAACGAUAGCCCAAAGCAUAGGCUCAGAUGAUAGGCGUAAAGGGAGCGAGAGAAAAAAAAAAGUUUCGUUUAUGACCUAGAAAAAGACAGCCAAAGAGAGAAGAGUAAUAGGUUGGUUUUUUUUGUUCACUCACCCCGCUUGUCAGAGAGAAAUAAGUUGCUAGCGAAUUAGUAAACAUUUUCAAUUGCAAAGAGCGAAUGGGAGGUAGAAAGCUUUUCUUUAAAGACUGAUAUUGCUUUUAUUUAUGAAUGCGCAUUUUUUUUAAGUUAGUACACACACACAACACAAUCAAAGCUACUUAAGGCCACACACAGUUUUUUGCUAACCAAAAACCCGUUGAUUGUGACGAAAAGAAAGCGAAGCGGAAGAAGAAACUGGAAAGUAUUGUAAACUGAUCUCAGCCAAAAACCAGCAUUAGUUGUUAGGAAGGAAAAAUCACACACACCUUUGUAAAUAAUUUAUUCUAGUACUUUUAAGUAAGAGGAAUAUAUAUUUUAUGUUGUACGUUUAAGUCCCGUCAAGACGUAAAUUAUUACUUUAAUAAAUAUCCAAAUAAUAAAAUAUAGCGAAAAUCAAAC